UGUCUCUCUCUGUCUCUCUCUGUCUCUCUGUCUCUCUCUGUCUCCCUCUGUCUCUGUCUCUCUCUGUCUCUCUGUCUCUCUCUCCUGACGACCCUGGCUCGAGCCGUGCCGAGCCAGGGUCGUGGUGAGCCGCGCCGAGCCAAGCCCGGGGUGAGCCGAGCCGGGCUGAGCUGACCCGAGCCAAGCCGGGGCGAGCAGAGCCAGGACGAGCCGAGCCGAGUCGAGGGUGAGCCGAGCCGGGGUGAGCCGAGUCGGGUCAGGGUGAGCCUAACCGAGCCGGGGUGAGCCUAACCGAGCCGGGGUGAGCCGAGCCGAGCCAGGGUGAGCUAAGCUGAGCCGGGGUGAGCCGAGCCGAGCCGGGCUAUGAGUGAAUGGGGAGGUUCGCGUCGGGGCGAGAGACGGAGUUGGGGAGAGAGGAGAGCGCAGCGGCUGUGACAGAGAGAGCGUCGGAUACCAGCGCAGCAGCGUCGCGCAUGGGCUCGCGGGGGGGAUGCGCCAGGAGCCCCCCCUAGUGGAGCCAUGGACCCCGCGCAUCUCGAGCCGCCGAACCGCACGGAGGGGGACCGGCAGCUCCCCCCCUCCUUCAGCGCCACCAACGCCACUUUCUACACCUUCUACCAGCACGCGCCCCCCACGGCCGCCGUCUACCUCAUCGCUUACCUCUUCAUCUUCCUGCUCUGCAUGAUCGGCAACGGCCUCGUGUGCUACGUGGUGCUGCAGAGCAGACGUAUGCGGACGGUCACCAACCUGUUCAUCCUCAACCUGGCCGUCAGCGACCUGCUCGUCGGCAUCUUCUGCAUGCCCAUCACGCUGGUGGACAACCUCAUCACGGGGUGGCCGUUUGGGGUCGUGGUUUGUAAAAUGAGCGGCCUGGUGCAGGGCACCUCCGUGUCCGCGUCGGUCUUCACCCUGGUGGCCAUAGCGGUGGACAGGUUCCGCUGCAUCGUCUACCCGUUCAAGCGAAAGCUGCGCAUCUCCCACGCGCUCUUCACCAUCCUCGUCAUCUGGGCGCUCGCCCUCUCCAUCAUGUGCCCCUCGGCGCUCAUGCUCACGGCCGAGGUGAGCCGCGGCCACUACAUGGUCUACAGCGACGGCAGCAACGACACCCACCCGCUCCACCAGUGCUGGGAGGCCUGGCCAGACCCCCGCAUGCGCAAGGCUUACACCACGGUGCUGUUCGCCAACGUCUACCUGGCGCCCCUGGCCCUUAUACUGCUCAUGUACGCGCGCAUUGGGUUCCGCCUCUGCUCCCUUUCGGCGUCGGCCGCGGCGGCCGCGUCGGCCGCGGCCCCGUCGCGUGGCGGCGGCGGCGGCGGGGACGACCACGAGGGCCACGACGGAGGAGGCCACGGGGAGAAGGCUGCCGAGCGAGCCAACGGGCGGCAGGCUACGGGGGUGACGCGCCGUCGUGUCAAGGUCAUCAAGAUGCUCAUCAUCGUCGCCAUGCUCUUCAUGCUGUCCUGGCUGCCGCUGUGGACCGUCAUGAUGCUCGUCGACUACGCGAACCUGUCGCCCUGGGACCUGGCCUUCCUCAACAUGUACGUGUACCCCGUGGCGCACUGGCUGGCGUUCUUCAACAGCAGCGUCAACCCCAUCGUGUACGGAUACUUCAACGAGAAUUUCCGCCGCGGCUUCCAAGCGGCCUUCAAGCUGCAGCUGUGCGCCGCGCGGCCUGACCCCAGGGACACGUGCCCGCAGCAGCGCGUCGCCCGCGCACAGGCGGCCCACGAGCAGCAGCAGCAGCAGCGGCACGCGGGCCCCCUGCACGCGUUCGUGGGUCCGACGGGCCUGCUGCCCGCGCCGGGCCUGGUCGUCUCGGCGAGCGACGCACCGGCCCCCGCGGCCCCCGCGCGGCGCGUCCCGGCACCGGCGCGCCCAGCGCCGCACACCUCGGCGUCAUCCUCCUCGCCGGAGCCCACCGGGAGUACUCUGCUAAACAUCCUGGAAUGAGGGAGGGGAUUUGUGGUCACCGGACUCAUCAGCGGGGUUCCACGGUGGUGGUGGUGGUGGAGGCGGUGAACGUUGUUGGUGUUGUCAUCCUGCCCUGUGAAGAGGCAGCAGCGGGGGUUGGUGGAUCACUGCACACAAACGUUGUGAAACUCCCUUUCUAACCGUGGGCGUCGAGGUGAAGGAUGAGCCGUACCCUGGCUCGCCAGGAGAAGGCAGUACAGCACAAAUGUGGACUCCGCCUGUCCCCCUCUGUACGGAAUAGAGUGCUGCCCCCUCGCACGCGUGGUUUUUCUCUGGAUGCUUCGGUUUGCAAAUGGGCAUUCAUUUGCAAGUUGGAGAUCGAUGUUGCUUUUUUUUGCGAAUGAUUCGGCACGCGUGAGAUCAUUAACGAUCGGCUGUGAUGCAGACGCCGCGUGUAUUACGGGUAAAACUGUCACUCCCACACACACACGUGCGCGCGUGUGUGUGGGAGUGAGUGGGCACGCAUCGUGUAAAUACCUCCCUGUGGAGGUGUGCGCGACGAGGAGGAGAAGGAGGAGGAAGAUGAAGAGAAGGCAGCCCACGCAAAAAUAAAAUUAGUGAACAUCGAUGCUGCGUGGUACACCACGCAGGUGGACCCACCACUCCCCGCCGUCCCCCCCGGUAUUAAAUAAAAUAAACAACCGGACACCUAACUCUAACCCUAGCGGUCAAAUGGCGCCAGCCACCACCACCACCACAAUAAUAAUAACAGUAUCAAGGUCCUUUAUUCAGAAAAGCCUUGCCAAGUCUCAGGAGACGUUUUAAAGAGGGCUCUGCCACAUUGCCCACCCGGCAAGUGUUUCUGGGUAACACCACAGUUAGAUCAAUUGGCCGGAUCCGCGUGUUUCGGUGGCAUAAAGUGUGGGUACGUACUCCCACCUCUUCCGAGACGUGGCUGGACAACGUGGAAUAUUAAGCCAAAAAUCCCGUCUAGAGGCGCUGUCAAGCGCUGCCGGGGUUGGAGACCCCUUUCGCCAGCAGUGGCGCGAGUGACGAAUUGCAGGGCUGCGCCUGUACCGCAUUGAUCUCCCUGCUGCACCGGGAUCUUUGGCCAGAUUCCAUUGAUGAACAUUUGAUUUCACGCGGUAAGAAACCGGAGAACCCAGCAAACAACACAUCUUAUGUGUAAUGGGUUAACGCUCAAAGCGCCACACAGAUGGAUGUCAGAAUUUCGCUGCUGGUGUUGCCAUCUCCUCCUGGCCACCUCGCAAUCCGUGGACAGGUACCACGGAAAUCGUCUCACGGACGCGACCGUUUGACCCCACUAUGUACAUAUGGUGAAUUGGCGAGGUCAAGGUCAUGCGGUCACGAGGUCGUCACGGCCGAUGACAUUGAUGCCACCACGCCUCGCCGUCGAUCAGGGGUCGGCAACAUGCGGCUCCCGAACGGCAUGCGGCUCAUAUUCUUAGUUUUUUCGGUAAAGUCACGUUGAAGAGAAACAACAAAAUAAUAAAUAUAUAUAAAACAAUAAAAAAAAUUCUCACGACGUUUCGACCAUAACUCAAACGGUC